AUGAACGAUGAUAGUUUUUCAGCUGUCGACCGGAUCUCUUUGCAAGGCUGGACAUUCAAGAUGACAGUCAUCGCCACUCUUGUUGCCGCUGCUGCGGCUGGCAUGGUCGCUGUUUCUCAGGCUUCACCAGUAGUGGAAUCAACACCUGCUGUGGGCGUGUCGAAUGCCAAAUCUUCUUUGACACUUAUCUACCAAAACAACUUGAACGCAUCGGACGACAAGAACCACAUCGGUGCCAUCGUCCUCGACCCGGUCUCUCAAGCCAAUGCAGCCGCCGCAUGCGCCUCGCUCAACGAGAAGCUCAUCACCAAGGCUACACUCCAGAAGUAUGAGGCAGACUUCAACGAUGCUCUCUCGUACCAAGACUACGCCAAAUACAGCGACGCUGAGCGGGGUUACUACAUCGAUGGUGGUGUGGUCUCAGUGGGCAAUCGAGUGAGCUACUCGUCUUCUUCAGCAUCCCACAAGCAAUUGCCGGUCUUGUGCACUCAGUCGGCAAACAAUGGUGCAUCAAGCGCGGGACCUGUGGAUGGUAGCGCCAUCUCAGUAGCAUCUGGAGGAAACACCUUCGUUGGCUACCGUAACCAGAAAUCCUUCAGGUUCCUUGGCAUCCCGUACGCCGACACACCUAAACGUUUCCAGUAUUCUUCGCUUUACUCCAAAAAGGGACAGACGAUUCAGGCCACAAAAUACGGUUCGCAAUGCGCGCAAGGUGGUGGUGGAAGCGAGGACUGUCUUUUCCUGAACAUUCAGACACCAUAUAUCCCCAAAGCAGGGUCGAAGAAGCAACUCCGACCAGUGUUGUUCUGGAUUCAUGGUGGUGGCUUUACCGGUGGGAGCGGUGCUGAUGCGCUCUCCGAUGGUGGGAACCUUGCCAGCAAGGAAGACCUCGUUGUUGUCAACAUUAAUUACCGUCUUUCAACGCUCGGGUUCUUAGCCAUCCCUGGAACGGACAUCAAGGGGAACUUCGGCAUUGCUGAUCAGAUCACGGCGCUCGACUGGACCAUUGCAAACAUCGCUGCCUUCGGUGGCGAUCCAACAAAGAUCACUAUCGCCGGUGAGUCUGCCGGAGCCGGCUCAGUUCGUACACUAUUGGGCUCUCCCAAAGCGAUUGGAAAAUACCAAGGUGCAAUUGCCAUGUCCAAUCUCGGAGGAGGUGUGACACUUGGCCUCGGCGGUGACUAUGGAACAACCUAUUCAACUUAUUAUACGGUUGAUCAGAGCUACACCGUUGCCGGACCUCAGAUAUUUGCUGCUGCCGGCUGCAAUGGCACUGAUGUGUCGACUCAGAUCGCUUGUCUCGACCAAGUCCCCGCUGCACAGUUAGUCGGCUUCAACACUGUAGCCCGAUACGUCGUCCAGGAUGGUACCUACGUUAAUACGCCCAACCUCGUUCUCUCCACUCGUAAUGCCAACACUGCGCACAUCCCUGUCAUUUUUGGUAUCAUCGUCAACGAUGGUGCAUCAUUCUCCACAUAUCCCAAGAGUCCGAUCUCAACCCAUUCUCAGGGUCUACAAGAAGCGCUUGGUAUCAACAGCACGUGGGCAGAGCGCAUCAUCCAGUCAGGUCUCUUCCCCUUGACCAACACGGGUAACUUGACACUUGAUUCAUUCAACGUCUCCCAGCGUGUUGCUACAGACAAGACAUUCCGCUGCGUCGAUCAAUCUACGGUUUACUCUGGAGUACAAUCGCAUGCCUUCCAGAAAGCAUACUACUACCAGUUCCAACGCUCCAUUGAUGGCUACGACCCCAACAACCUUGGCGGACCUGCCAAUGACGAUCCCAAGAAACCUUACUUCCGCUUCCACGGCGCAGACAUGCCUUGGCUGUUUGGCACCUUGAACCGCAUUCGCGACCCUGAGGAUCUUUGGAGUGCUCAACUCGUCAGCAGUUACUUCGCUGCUUUCAUUAGGGGCGGCGACCCAAACCCUAGCCUGAAGUACUUGGAUGCCAGAGGAUACGACAAGGUGAUCGAGGGUGUAAAGAAGUACGGUCAGUGGGGACAAGUUGAUGCUACCAGAAAGACGGGUGAUGAGAUCAGGCUGUUGGAUUGGCCUAGCAAGAGCGCUGGUUUCCAGGAUGUUGAGCAGUGCAACUGGCUGGGGUAUCCUCUAGACUACUAUCUCAAGGGAGGCAUUUAA